CUGCUUCCAUCCCCCCCCCGCAGUACCGGAACUACAGCCCCCGAAUCAGAGCCCCGCGAGCCCCCCGCUCUGCGCAGUGCUCACCGGCCGGCGAUGUCGCGCGCUUUUGUCCUUGACUCGGUUCGGGCGUUCGCGAGCUCGUCGCCGUUUUGCCGGUCCGGUAACGGACGCGUCGCCCGACGGUUCUGAAGACCCUGCAGGGCACGUGGACACUAUAACGGUACGGAGACUGGCUCGCGAUCAGCGAGGACCGAUACCCCCACCCCCCACCUUUCCGUCAGUCGCCUGAGUAACGGGAGCGAGAUGCCGCACCGCGCGACACGGAGGAGGAGGCGAUGAGAGAGCGCGCGCGGCCCGCGGAGAUCGCAUCGAAACCACCGUGAAGAUGAAGCCGCGGAACCUGCGGAGACUUAUGCACCUGGUUCUCUUCUGCCCGCUCUCCAAGGGCUUGCAGUCCCGUUUGCCGGCAGUGAAGGUGAAGUACCUGGUGGUGGCGUGGUUGGGCGUGCUGGUGGCCAGCUGGGUCAUCUACGUGCAGUACUCGUCCUACUCAGAGCUCUGCAGAGGCCAUGUGUGCACCAUGCUCAUCUGUGAGCACUACCGGAGGGGGAUCAUCUCUGGAUCUGUGUGCAAAUCUCUGUGUGAGGAGAAGACUCUUACUCUACAGCGCUGCCUCUCAACAUCGCCUACAAACCAGGUGUACAGUGCAGUGUGGAAGGAGAAGGCUGUAAUAGUAAAGUGUGGGAUUGAGGAUGCUCUGGGAAUUGACGGCAGUCCAGACUCCUUCUUGAAGCGGGACACAGGCCUGUAUGACAAACCCACCCGCGGCACGUCCAUGGACGAGUUCAGAGAGAUGCUGCACACGUUCCUGAAGGAUGGUCUAGGUGAGCAGGCAUCUCUGAGCUCGCUGGUGUCCCGUGUGGUCACUCUGGCAGACGUCAACUCUGAUGGUAAAGUCUCCCUCGCCGAAGCCAAGUCAGUAUGGGCCCUGCUGCAGAUUGACGAGUUUGUACCAAUGCUGGCGCUGCAGGAUAAGGAACACGCCCCUCGGCUCCUGGGGUUUUGUGGCCACCUGUACGCUACGGAGCGUGUGGCCAACGCUGCCCUCUUCCGGCUGGACGUCCCGCCUUGGCUGCAGCCGCUGGUGCCCGAGGCUCUGAGCAGCGCCUUGAACCGCUGGCUGGCACCGGCUUGGCCACGCCGGGCCAGAAUUACCAUCGGCCUGCUGGAGUUUGUGGAGGAGGUCUUCCACGGCGCCUACGGGAGCUUCUACAUGUGCGACGCGAGCCCCAGUCGUGUGGGAUACAAUGCUAACUACGACUGCAAGAUGGCCGACCUGGGCAGCGUGGCGUCUGAGGCGGCAGUCCGAGCGUUUCUUCGCGGGCGGACGUGCCAGACCAAUGCUGACUGCACAUUUGGCCGGGACUGUACGGCCACCUGUGACCGGCUGGCCAAGCAGUGCAACACGGAGGUGGUGCAGCCCAACCUGGCCAAGGUGUGCGCCCUGCUGAGAGACUUCCUGCUGUUUGGGGCACCGGCGGACCUUCUGGACGACCUGGACAAGCAGCUGCGCACCUGCGUGACCCUCAGCGGCCUGGCCUCGCAGAUGGAGGUGCACCACUCACUUGUGCUAAACAACCUCAAGACUCUGCUGUGGAAGAAGAUCUCCGAUACCAAGUACUCCUGAAAAACAGAGGAGAGAAAGACGGAGAGUGUUUGGAUGCAAGGUAACAAGGCUGAAGAGUUUCUCUGACAGAAAUGAGCUCAACAUUGACCACAUCCUCCUGAGAAACAAAGAGAUUCAGAACGAAAGAAAAAUGGAGGAUACGUUAGUCUGAAAGGCUCAGGGAUAUCUUUAACAGGAAUAAACAAGAUUGCAGUGUGGUGGACAGUUUUAUUUAGUUGUUGCUGUCGUGAGAAAAUCUCCAGAUUCUGUGGAGAAAAUUAAUUAGAAAGUUCCAAUUUCACACUUUUUUAAAUUCAAUGUGGUUUGAUUUUUAAAUUGUAAAUUAAAUUGUUAAAGAACUUAUCCAGAUAACAUGGCCAUGUGGGGCAAAUGGGAACCAAAAGGUUUUGUCUACAGGUUCACAGAUUCUCCAGUAAUAGGCUCAAAGAAAGCCAGUGAUGGGACCAUAAGGGGUUUAACCUGGACCCUCUCUAAGUUGUAUACUGCCUAGAUGUGGCCAGAUAAGAUCUAUGUGAGAUUAAGUUGGACUGUAAUGGUUCCAUCCAUUUGUGCCCCACAUCAGCAUGUUGACUGGGUACCUGAUCAGUGCCUGCUGCUUUGCUUUGUAACAACAACCUUCAAAAUCCAAACACUUAAAAUGAAUAAUUUGGUAAUUAAAAGCCCAGUCAGUUGAGCAUAGCUCAGUAUAUAAUAUAAGCCCCUCCCCCCCAGUCAAACGCAAAAGUGGAGGUAUUCGAUUUUCUUAACUCAGUUUGGAUGCCUGUGAGGGGAAUGCAAAAAAAAAAACGCUCAUUAUAUUGUACUCUUCCUCUCCAUGUUUGACUCUGAAGAUAAGCAAGUUUGUCCACUUUUCACUUACUACUUUAUAACACACUUCUUCAAACACUGCAAAAAAUUAUAUCUUGCCAAGUAAAAUUGUCUUCAGAUGUAUAUUUCUCAUUUUAAUGGUGUUGUAAGUUAAAAGCUUUUUGAAAUAUACUAAAUUACUUGCUAAUAGAAUUGAAAAACACAUCUAGAAAUAUUCAAAACAUUUUUUUAUACUGUCACAACUUAAAUAUAAAUAUAUUAUAUACUAAAAUAUAAUAUAUUAACGAUUUAGAACAGAAGUAUGAUGACUGUACUUUUUAAGUCUUUCUUGCAGUGUAGUUGCUGUGCACUUUAGAAAGCUCCUUAGUAGACUAAACACUUAAGCACCAAGGGCACUUGCUGUGAGGGCAUGUUAAAGACAAACAGGGCCUAACUUAAAUAGGUCCAGGCUCCUGCAUUUAGAAAACCAACCCAUUUCUACAUGUUCAACUCGUCCCUUGUCUUGAAUCACUUUUACAACCUUCUCUUUUCCCCAUCUGCUCUCUGACUUAAAAGGAACUAUAGAAGAAUCUGACUGUAAACCUAUGGCCCAGGACUUUCCAGAAGUAUUUAUUGCCGGUCCAGUAUCAAAUGCACUUGAGCCAGAUAAUCAAAGGCUGGAUUGGACUGCAGCAGGUUUAUGUUCUUAAGGCUGAAAAAAACUAGCUGGGGUUCAUCAAGGAUCUGUAUUAGGACCCCUGUUCUUUUGUUUGAAACUAACCUAAAUGACAGACUGCUAUGUAAAGUAUAAGAAGAUAUCUGUAGGAUAAGUUGAACUGCAGUUUUUACAGAGGAUAUGCCGUGGCUCUGGGUGUAUGUGUGGGUGUGUGUGAGGUGUUUUUUUCAUUAAUUUUGAAGUGUCUAAAAACGAAUGUCUGUGAGGAAUGUGUGAGGUUAUAGAUCUGCUAACUGAGAGCUAAUUUUUUUCCACGUAUUAUCAAUCCUAAUAAUUGUUUAUGUUUAUGAACAAGUCAACCUUUCUCAAAGAAAGGUCUUUGAGAAAGUAAGCAGACAUGAGUUCACCCUUCUGAACACUAACUGAACAGAAUUAUGACGUCAUACCAAGAAAUCAGGGAAGCUGGAAAGAAUGAUGACUGUAUGUGUGUUUAUGCCUAAUCUGUAUUAUGUGUGUGAAUAUUUCAAUUUUAACGUUUGUUUCAGGAACACCUGAUAUUUUGUGUAGGACCAACUGUGAGCAACAUUCUCAGUUAACCACACACCUGUCUGAACACGGUCACUUGUGUCACAUGAAUACAAUAUAGAGAUUUUUACCUCAAGGAGUAUUCUUACUAAUUAACUUAUAGCUUCAACACAGCAACUCUUUACUAAAAUGGUUUUAGGUAAAAUUCAAAUACGCAGUUUUCCCACUAUUCAAGACAUACUGGGCACUAAAAUGAGCCUCUUUAGCUUUACACUGGAGCUAUGAGUUCAGUGGUGAACUGCUAGCACCCUAUGUUAGCAUUAAGCUAACAGCAGUGUGAAUUAACAUUUUGAGGCAUUCAGAACCAGGGAGAACCAGAACUCCAGAAACAGAUACAGAAAAUACUUUACACUGAUAAAGUUCAGUGGUGAACUUUGUCUCCUUGUUAUCAGAGAUAUUCCUAUUUUAGGCAAAACUCCACAACAAUAGCCCUGAUAAUAGACAUUUCUGCUCGCACCCUAUGUUAGCAUUAAGCUAACAGUUGUGUACAUUAGCAUUAACUUUUUGGGGCUUUCUAGCAACAAAACAAGGUAAGAAAUGCAGGCAAUGGAUUAGAAAAUGUGAAAGUUAUUCUAAAAUUUACUUUACACUGGAGCUAUGUGGUGAACUUUGUCUCCUUGUUUUGUUAUCAGAGCUAUUCAUAUUUUAAGCAAACCCCCCAAAAACAGCCCUUAUAAUGACAAUUUGUUAGCACUAAACUAACAGCAGUACAUAUUACCAAUUUUGAUGCAUUAGAACCAGGGGAACUGCAGACACUGGAUUCAGAAAAUGUGAAAAAAAGUAAAAUAAUCUAUUAAAAUGAGCUUUUUUAGCUUUACAUGUAAUGAGGUUAACAGUAAAGUGGUGCCAUUUGUUUACUUGCCAUUUGUUUAUCUUGUUAUUAGAGCUAUUUACAUUUUUAGUAAAGCCCCUCAAAAACAGCCUGAUAAUAGAAUUUCAGCUGGAACCCUAUAUUACCAUUAAGCUAAUUGCCGUGCACAUUUUCAAGGCAUUCUAGCAGUAAAACCAGGAAAAAUCAGCACAUAUAUUUGGAAAAUGUGAAGUGAGUUUGAAAUAAUCUUUUAAAAUUAGUUAAUUUAGCUUUCACUGGUGCUACAAGGCUAACAGUUCAGUCUUGGACUUUGUGUACUUGUUAUUUUAGGCAGAACCCCUCAAAAAGCCCUGAUCAUGUACAUUUCUGCUAGAACUGUAUGUUAGCACUAAGCUAACAGUCAGGCACAUUAGCAUUACUUUGUGGGGCUUCUGGCAACAUAACAAGGGGAGAAAUGCAGACAUUGAAUUUACAAAAUGUUAAAUAAAUGUGAAAUAUUGUUCUAAAAUUAGCUUGUUUAAAUUUACACUGGAACUACAAGGCUAAUAAUAACAAUUUAUUAGCACUAAACUAACAGCAAUACAUAUUACCAAUUUUUGAGGCAUCAGAACCAGGGGAAACUGCAGACACUGGAUUCAGAAAAUGUGAAAAAAAGUAAAAUAAUCUUUUAAAAUUAGCUUUUUUAGCUUUACAUUUAAUGAGAUUAACAGUUUAGUGGUGACAUCUGUUUACUUGUCUUGUUAUUAGAGCUAUUUGCAUUUUUAGUAAAGCCCCUCAAAAACAGCCUGAUAAUAGAAUUUUUGCUAGAACCCUCUAUUGGCAUUAAGCUAAUUGCCGUGCACAUUUUCAAGGCAUUCUAGCAUUAAAACCAGGAAAAAUCAGCACAUAUAUUUGGAAAAUGUAAAGUGAGUUUGAAAUAAUCUUUUAAAAUUAGUUAAUUUAGCUUUCACUGGUGCUACAAGGCUAACAGUUCAGUAGUGAACUUUGUGUACUUGUUAUUUUAAGCAGUACUGCUCAAAAAUAGCCCUGCUAAUGUAAAUUUAUGCUAGAACUGUAUAUUAGCACUAAACUAACAGUCAGGCACAUUAGCUCCUGUUUUUUGGGGCAUUCUAGCAACAAACAAGGGGAGAAAUGCAGACAUUGGAUUAAAAAUGUGAAAUGUAUUCUUUUAAAAUGAGCUUGUUUAACUUUACACUUGAGCUACAAGGCUAGCAGUUAAGAGGUGAACUUUGUCUCCUUGUUUUGUUAUCAUAGCUAUUCAUAUUUUGGCUAAACCCCCCUAAAAAUCUAAAAAAUUUAUAAUUCUUGUCUCUGCUAACAAACCAGAGGAAAUUGCCACCAUACAUAAUUGUUAUCAGAGAUAACAGCCCUGAUGAUGCCAAUGUCUGCUAGCAACUUUUGUUAGCAUUAAGCAUUAACCCUUCUUUUCAGCAGACUAUUGCCUGUAAAAAUGGAUUAAAGUGUGCACACACUUCGAAAACGUCCUAGCUAUGUUAGCAUUGUAGCUCCAGUGCAAAAAUAAAGACAAGACUGUGGAAACCAGUCGACUCUGAAUAGAAAACCAGGAGGAAACUGAAGACAUCGAAUUUGAAAAUGUAAGCUGGUUGGUUUAUCCAAUUUUGCUUUAUAACAGCUUGUUUAGUUUCUGUAUCACCUUUCUUUUGAGCUGUCUUACCUUUAUAAACAGAGGUACAGUAAUACACAGGGCUGGGUGAUAUUUUGAUAUAUCACAAUAUUUAAAGACAUUUUCACUAUACACAGUAAGUAUUGUGAUAUUUUGACAAGCUGACAAAAGGCACCAGUAAGUGGUGCACAAAUAUUCUCCCAUACUGAGUUCAGACAUUGUUCGAAAUGUACUAUACUUUAGCCAAUUAAACUGGAAUAAUUCACUCUCUGUUAUGAAGUAUGCAUUUUUUAGUAUUCCCUAAGCACUGUUGAUAUCACAUUAAUUUACACAUAAAUUAAUAAACCAAGGGAAGCUUCCAGGGUACAAACGAUACAACAGAAGCAGUCAAUGUUUGAACAUCCCAAAUUUGCAGAAAUUAAAGUUACCUUCUAAAAUCAAGGUUAUUAGUUAGGAGUUUUUCCUACUUCACAGCAUUAACAGCCUUUUCUUUUUUUGGGCAACAUUACAUUACUCUAGAUAUUGAAACAUUGUUGUGAGGUGGAUUUAAUUAUGAGCACCAACUGUAAAUGUCCCCCCAAGCACUCACUGUAUGACCGAAGGUACAGAUUUAAACUGAUAUGCCAAAUAUUAUGGGAUACGAAUUAGCAUUAUGUCCCAUGAAUUUCUGCAUGGAUCUGCAGGAUAUGCGUUGGGGCCUCCUCCAUUGAAUGCGAUCACUUGUCUGUUUGCACGGACAGUUGUAGCCAGAUGCUACCGGUCAUAAUAAUAUUAGUACCUAUUGUGCUGUACACUGUGGGUGCUGAUGCUUUAUGAUGCAUUCCCAGUACACAUAUGAAACUGUGGUUUAAUAAACUUAAGAAAUGGAAAUGUCCCAUCAAUCUGGCACCCACUAUCAGACCUCAAUCAAACUCUGAUAAUUCAUGUCGCAGGUGUGAGUUUUCCCAUGUCGCAGCACCUCGUGAUUAAUUUGCAUACUGCUGUCCCAUGACUUUUGACAUGUCUGUGUAGUUUUCUUUAUUGGGGGUAUUUAUUUAUUAUUUCUCAACUUUUCUUUAUUGGGGGUAUAACACAAUGGAGGGUACAAGCAUGCUUUUGUUUCUGUUUUUUUUUUUUUUUAAAAACACAUCCUGCUGUCUUCCUGCAGCCCAGCCUGUCGGUACAUGUUCCGUUAGCUUCUUCUGUUUUACCAUAGAGAACAACACUGGCGGUUUCUGUUCCCCCAAAAGAGCCAAACUGUCCUCCCUGGUCUGAAAUUGUCCUCUAUUAAGAGUCCUCAUCACUCUGUUAGGAAUAAACUGUCUGGACUAAAAAACUUGAAGAUGUCUGAGUGUCUUUGUUUAGAGUGUGCAAUCUACAAUUUGGCUAUCUGCACGAUAAAUUGAUAUUGCAGGAUUGUGGGAUUAUGGUCUGG